CAGAGACAGGAAUCAAGAGGCAGACACUUGACGCUCCUCUUCUCCGUGCAGCGCUGCAGUCGGAGACAGCGGGCGGUGCGGAGCGGCUUUAAUGCGGCGCGCCAUCGGUGCAAACACUCAGUCACCUAAGCUGCCAUAGGCGAUCCUUAAUCAUGACAGCAGAGGAGACAAUCAACAUCAAGGAGGUUGAGGUGAUAAAGCUGAUGCUGGACUUCCUGAACACCAGGAAGCUGCACAUCAGCAUGCUUGCUUUGGAGAAGGAGAGCGGCGUGAUCAAUGGCCUCUACUCUGAUGACAUGCUCUUCCUCAGGCAACUCAUUCUAGAUGGCCAGUGGGAGGAGGUGAUGCAGUUCAUUCAGCCUUUAGAAGGCAUGGACAAGUUCGACAAGAAAAGGUUCCGCUACAUUAUACUGAAACAGAAGUUUUUGGAAGCGCUGUGUGUGAAUAAUGCCAUGUCUGCUGCGGAAGAUCCUCAGAAUCUGGAACUUACCAUGCAGGAGGCGGUCAAGUGCCUCCACAGUCUGGAGGAGUACUGUCCGGCCAAGGAGGACUACAGCAAGCUGUGUCUGCUCCUCACCCUGCCGCGUCUCACCCAUCACGCCGAAUUCAAAGACUGGAACCCCAGCACGGCACGUGUCCAUUGCUUCGAGGAGGCCUGUGCCAUGGUGGCUGAGUUCAUCCCCGCUGACAGGAAGCUAAGUGAGGCGGGCUUCAGGGCGAGCGGGAACCGCCUCUUCCAGCUGCUCAUCAAAGGGAUCCUUUAUGAGUGCUGUGUCGAGUUCUGUCAGAGUAAAGCAACUGGUGAGGAGAUCACAGAGGGUGAGGUGUUGCUCGGCGUGGAUGUGCUUAGCGGGAACGGCUGUGAUGAGUUGGAUUUGUCGCUGCUGUCCUGGCUCCAGAACCUCUCCCCCGGUGCCUUCUCCUGCGCCUUCCAGCAGAAGACCCUCAGCAUCCACGUGGACCGGCUGGUCAAGCCCAGCAAGGCGGGCCACGCUGACCUCCUCACCCCUUUAAUCAAUCGCCUCUCACCCUGCCCUACCUCGCCGCUCCGCCAGAGGCCCCAGUCAGCCGACACCUACAUGUCCAGAUCCCUGAACCCGGCUCUGGACGGGCUGUCCCAUGGCUUGGCGGCCCAGGAUAAGAGAUGCAUGGAGGGGAACAUGAAGUCAGCACUCAGCCGCAGUCUAGUGGAGAACAAUGUGCAUCAGCAGGAUGAUUCACCUGAGAGGAAGCACCCACAAGGUCUGGACAGCCCCAACACCACACGCACCCCUCUUGCCCCUGGGAGGGAUGGCGGGCCUCCCAGUAGCACAGACAGGAAUGAGGCGCGGGACUCCACGGAGCAGGUCCAGGAGUAUUACCGUCAACGUCUCCGCGUGCAGCAGCAUCUGGAGCAGAAGCAGCAGCAGCGGCAGCUUUACCAGCAGAUGUUGCUGGAGGGAGGGGUAAAGCCUCAGGACGGAGCCCAGCACAACCUCACAGAGACCUUCCUCAGCAGAUCCAUCCAGAAAUUGGAGGAGAUGAAUGUUGGCAUUGACCAUCGUGGGGACGAGGUGAUGCCGCGUCUUGGCCAUCAGUGGAAUGGAGGAGCUGCGGGUAAACCCACCACUUCCAGUCCCAGGAUCCCUAACGCCAGCCACACCGUAGAAGCUGUGCCCCCAAGAGACAAGCCAGGUGGGGGAAACAGCAGUACCCCUGUCAAAACCGGGAGCCAUACCAUGCCUUCCCUCAACGAGUCCCCUGUUCCUGCCACGCAGAGUGCUGAGAGGAUUAGAGCUGCUUUUCCUACAGUCGAAGACGACUCUGGCUGCUCUGCUACACAUAACACAGCACAAGAGUUGGGGAAAUCCAAAACCCAGUUUGUUAAAGUGAACCAACUAGAGGACACGCAGGCGGUGCGUGCUGUGGCCUUCCACCCCUCAGGGGCACUCUAUGCUGUGGGCUCCAAUUCAAAAACCCUGAGAGUCUGUGCCUACCCAGAGACAUUCACCACCAGUGGUUCUGGUGCAAUCAAGCAGCCGGUGGUACGCUUUAGAAGGAAUAAACACCACAAGGGCUCGAUCUACUGUGUAGCCUGGAGCCACUGUGGACAACUGCUGGCCACCGGCUCAAAUGAUAAAUACGUUAAAGUCCUGCCUUUUAAUGCAGAAACCUGCAAUGCCACAGGCCCAGACCUGGAAUUCAGCAUGCAUGAUGGUACCAUCAGGGAUCUGGCCUUCAUGGAGGGUCCCGAGAGUGGAGGCUCCAUCCUGAUUAGCGCCGGGGCCGGGGAUUGCAACAUCUACACCACUGACUGUCAGAGAGGACAGGGCCUUCACGCCCUCAGCGGACACACUGGUCACAUUUUGUCACUGUUCACUUGGGGAGGGUGGAUGAUCGCCUCUGGCUCCCAGGACAAGACAGUCCGAUUCUGGGACCUACGGGUGCCCAGCUGUGUGCGGGUGGUGGGCACUACGCUGCAUGGCUCAGGAAGUGCAGUAGCCUCAGUGGCAGUGGAUCCCAGUGGGCGCCUGCUGGCCACCGGUCAAGAGGACAGCACAUGCAUGCUGUAUGACAUCAGAGGAGGCCGCAUGGUCCAAACCUAUCGCCCCCACGGCAGUGAUGUCCGGUCGGUGCGCUUCUCUCCUGGGGCCCAUUACCUUCUGACGGGCUCAUAUGACAACAAAAUCAUCAUCACUGACCUGCAAGGUGACCUAACAAAGCCGCUGCCUCAGACCGUGGCUGGAGAGCAUUGGGAUAAGGUGAUCCAGUGUAGGUGGCACACCCAUGACCUGUCCUUCCUCUCGUCCUCCGCUGACCGAACCGUCACCCUCUGGGCCUCUGGACCCUUCCACUAGCGCUGGAAAACACUAGCUAGCAGCAAGCACAACAACACGUUCUCCUCAUACAUGACUAACUGCCACACGCUUGUGAGUGUGUGUUUAUAUACAGUAUGUGUGUACAGAGAGUCUGCUCGACUUCAAGCUGACAGUCGUGUGUGUGUGUGUGUGUGUGUGUGUGUGUGUGUGUGUGUGAAAAAUUGUUUUGAGAUGGAAUAACUCAAUUUGAAAUUGAGUUUGUAUAUGUUUGAUUAUGUGCGCAAAUGUGUGAGUACAUGUACUAUUGUAUGUACAGUAUCUCUGUGUGUGUGCCUGUGUGCAUGUGUGAGUGUGUGCCUUGUUUUACACCUGUAAAAAAAAAAAA